AUGAAGCGCGGUGAGAGCGGUGGGGCGUCGUCGAGCGAGAGCGUGGCGUGGAGCGAACCGCUCGCCAUCGCGAAGUACCCGGCGCCGUGUUUGCGAGCGAAGAACGCGCCGAUCGAGACUUUCGACGCGAACCUCGAGCAAUUGAGCAAGGCGAUGUUCAAGAUUAUGUACGAGACGGUGGGGUGCGGCUUAGCGGCGCCGCAGGUCGGUGUGAACUAUCGAAUGAUGGUGUACAAUGAGGCGGGAGAGCCGGGAAAGGGAAGAGAGGUGGUGCUGUGCAAUCCGAAGAUUGUGAAGUACUCCAAGGAGAAGGAUUUCUUUGAGGAAGGAUGCCUGAGCUUUCCAAAGAUGUACGCCGAUGUUGAGCGUCCGUUGGGGGUACAGAUCGAGGCGCAGAAUCUCAAGGGUAAAAAAUUCAAGAUGACCCUCGAGGGGUUCGAAGCACGCGUCUUCCAGCACGAGUACGACCAUCUCGACGGAGUCCUCUACCACGACCGCAUGUCGCCCGAGGUGCGUGCUACGAUUCAGGGCACGCUCGACGGCUUCGUCGAGGCGUACCCGGGCGAAGAGAAAGCUUUGUAA